AUGGGUGAAGCAUUACUGGAUACCAGCCGAGAAGAGGUCAAGAACAAGAAAAAGACAUAUGCUAUGAAAAUACAUGGGGAUGGAGUAGUGGAGUUAGGAGAGAAAAUAGAACAUGUGAAUAAAGUAAAAUUUUUGGGGUCGUAUGUCACUGAUGAUGGGUACAGCGGAAAUGAUAUAAAGAUAAGAAUUGGACAAGCCAAAUCGGUAACAAACAACAUGGAUGAUGUGUGGAAGUCUAAAGAGCUGGGCACAAAACUUAAGGUGAGCCUAGCCAAACCACUUGUAUGGAGUGUAGCUCUAUAUGCAUGCGAAACAUGGACCAUCAAGAAACAGUUGGAAGGAAUGAUAAAUGCUUUUGAGGUGUGGCUUUAG